AUGCGUGCAAGUUCCAUUGAUAUUCAUCCUAAUGCAACAUGGUCAGAGAAUGGAAUCACUGUUGCUGGAGGAAAUGAACAAGGCAGUGAAACCAAUCAACUCUAUUACCCAUUGGGUUUGCACGUCGAUGAUGAUCAAACGAUUUACGUCGCUGAUUGGGGACAUCAUCGUAUUGUGGAAUGGAAAUCUGGUGCAACGAAUGGCACAGUAGUUGCUGGUGGAAAUGGAAAAGGAAAUGGAGCUCAUCAAUUAAACUACCCACGAGAUGUGAUUAUCGACAAAGAGAGCGAUAGUCUCAUUAUCAGCGAUAGAGGGAAUAACAGAGUAGUUCGAUGGCCUCGUCAAAAUGGUACUGAAGGAGAAACUAUUAUUUCAAAUAUUUGUUACGUGGGUUUGACAAUGGACGACAAUGGUUUUCUCUAUGUCGUUGACGACGGAAAAUAUGAAGUGAAACGAUAUAAAAUUGGUGAUACUCAAGGAACAGUGGUUGCAGGUGGUAAUGGACAAGGAAAUCGUCUCGAUCAACUCUCUAUACCCCGCUACGUAUUUGUCGAUCGAGAUCAUUCAGUAUAUGUGACUGAAUGGGAAAACCAUCGUGUAAUGAAAUGGAAAGAAGGUGCAACACAAGGCAUUAUCGUAGCCGGUGGCCAUGGACAAGGAAAUAGUCUUACACAAUUGUAUCAUCCUCAAGGAGUCGUUGUCGAUCAAUUGGGUACUGUCUAUGUGGCUGAUUGUGGGAACGAUCGAAUUAUGCGUUGGCCAAAAGAAGCCACACAAGGAAGUGUCGUUGUUGGUGGAAACGGCGAAGGAUCAGACUCGGAUGAACUCAAUGGUCCCAUAGGUUUAUCAUUUGAUCGACAUGGCAAUCUCUAUGUCGUCGAUUACGAAAAUCAUCGAGUACAAAAAUUUGAAAUCGCAUAA